CGCAUGGCGGUGUUGUAUUCAGUUGCUGCUCCAAAUUCAGAUUGGGGGAGUGCAUCUAGCUGCAAGCGUUGCUCUUCGUGGCGAACGAUCUGGCCAGCCGCGUCUCUCUUGUUGGAACCACGGUACGGGCGCUUGAUGUGGUCCUUGUGAUAGUGCUCGAACAUGUUAGCAUCGUAAUGGACAGGUGGUCCAGCACGACGAAUGGCAUCGAUGUAAUGGCUCAUCAAGUGGGUCUUGAUGAACCUCCAUUUGUAGUCGGGGAAGUUCUUGAUGAGUAGUUCGAUAAGCCUGCAAUGGGGUGCGACAAUAAAUGGCCAGAAGUGUA